GUGUGACACCAAGAAAGGAAAAGCGCGUGUGUGAACUGAGCAGAGAGUGUGGGACCGAAAGAGUCAGCUCAUCACUGUGGUGUUAGCGGCUUUGCACCGACUCCCCGAGCUCUCUGUAAUACUUUACAUUCAUUGAUAAGAGAGAGAGAGAGGGAGGGAGGGAGGUGCGUUAACAGUCCCGCUCUGGCGGAGCUUUAUCACGUGACACCAGGCGGAAGUAAACAAAGGAAAGGCGCAAAUGGCGUUAGCUUUUCACGUGUGUGUCUGAGCGCAGAGAAUGUUGUUGUGUGUGAGCCGAGUGUGUGAGCCGAGUGUGUGAGCCGAGUGUGUGAGCUGUGGCAGUAACAAUGCCUUCAGUUCAGUAUCUGAGAGAGUUUAUCAACGAGCGACUAACUGCUGCUGCUGAACAAAUAUUCUUGGAGUUUGAAAAAACGAUCGUCCAGUACGAGGAAGAGAUCGACCGUCAGCGCAGACUGCUGGAUAUCACCUGGAAACCCCAAAUCAAACUGCACAGGACAGACGUCCCACAGCAGCCUGUCUGUAAGGAGGAGGAGGUUCUCAUUGAGCUGCAGCUCUGUGACCAGGAGGAGCCAGAACCUCCACAGAUUAAAGAGGAACAGGAGGAACUGUGCAGCAGUCAGGAGAGAAAGCAGCUGGAACUGAAGGAGGAGACCGAUACCUUCAUGGUGACUGCUGCUGAGCAAAGAGACCACAGUGAACCAGACAAUGAUCGGCUCAUCACUAAUAACUCCCCUCUUGCUGAGAGCCAAGAUCAGGGAAGAAGCAGGAGUGCAGAUCCAGGAUCAACGAGAAAUCCAAACAUAAGUAAAAAUGCAGAAAGCUCUCCUUUGUCAGAGAGUCGGUCCAGUACUGGUGCAGGUACAAAGUCGUUAAAGUGUGAUGUCUAUGAACAAACCUUUAUGCAUGAGUCCCAAAUGACUUUACAUAACAGAGCUCACACAGGUGAGAAGCUGCAUGUUGGUAACUCUGCUGGGAAAGGUUUUAAUCAGAACGGUGCUGUGUUGGAGCGCGUGAGAGUUCAUGCAGGUAAAAAUCUCUGUAAGACUUGUGGUAAAAUGUUUUCUAGCCAAUCAGUACUUAGAAGGCAUACACAGAUCCACACAGGUGAGAAGCCAUAUUCCUGUAAAACAUGUGGGAAAAACUUUCGUCGAACUUGUCAUUUGACCCGUCACAUGAGAACUCAGACAGGUGAAAAACCGUAUCCUUGUCAAACAUGUGGGAAGAGUUUUCUUUCAACAGAUCAUUUAAAUAUCCAUGUGAGAUCUCACACAGGCGAGAAACCGUAUCCUUGUCAAACAUGUAGUAAACAGUUUUCUACGUCAUCGUCACUUAAACAACAUGUACGACUCCACUCAGGUGAGAAGCCGUACUCUUGCAAAACAUGUGGGAAAAGUUUUCGUCACAAUAAAAGUUUGUUUUUCCACAUAAGAACUCACACAGUUGAGAGGUCACAUGUUGGUAACACCUCCAGUAAAAAGUUUUCAAAUUCAACAUCACUUAAAAAACACAGAAAUUCAUUCAGGUAAAUAGCUGCAUUCCUGCAAAACGUGGGAAAAGUUUAAAUUCUCAUUUGACUAGCCACGUAAAUGUUGAACAUCAGCUAUUUUCUCCUGCUGAGAGCUCACACAGGUGAGAAGCUGUAGUCUUAACAUAUUUUUAGAAAAGGUCAAAUAUUUGGAGCCAAGUUUGACACAAAUGUACAAAUUCAUGCUGGUUCAAAUGUUUUUGCUUUUGGCUUGAAAACCUGUUCAGACUUCUACAAUGAUUGUUUGACUGUAUUACAUGUCGCAAUGUGUGAACUAAAUCUGAUGAUACCUGUCAUGUUGAAGCUUUUUUAUUCGUCAGGGAAAAUAUGAUAAAUCUUUUUUUGAAAUUGAUGGCAGCAACAGGUCUCAAAAAAGGUUCGAUAGAGGAUUCAAGAGGCUCAGCAGUCCCCCUGGUCUUUGUUGUGUUUUUGGUUUUCUGAUGCUCCAGAGGUUUCAGUUGGUGAAAGGUCUGGACUGCAAUAGGGCUGCGACUAAAGAUUACUUUGGUAGGCGACUAAUCUGGCAAUUUGUCUUUGAUUAGUCAACAAUUAUUUCGAUAAAUCUUGUCUCCGCUUCCUGUGGGAAGACUUCCUGUUCUAGGCUUUAGUACCUCACCUGCUCAGGUCUGCCCACCUGUGAGUAUCACCCUCUUGUCUCGUCCCACAGAAAAUUAAAACAAUGACCCAGGAGACAUAAGAAUUUGAAAAUAAUCAAAUGUAUUUUUAACAUCAAUACUUAAAUAUUUAGUCCUAUUUUACUCAGUAGGACUGUCCAAAUAAAAAUGAAAUAAAUACAAAUAUUAAGCAAUAUGAAUUAAAGUUCUAGUAGUAUUUAAACCAAAAAUUCAGCUUUAAAGUAAAUAAAAAAAGAUUUUGUUUUCCAGUCCAAAAUAACAAGUUUCCAAAGUUUACAGAUGAUUCUGUUUUGCUGUUCGCACUGCCUUCUUCUUCGUUAGUAUUGAGUGCAGUCUUGGCAGACAACAUAGGUGACACUGCCCCCACAGCUUCCUGUAGUGGGUUUUAGUUUAAAUUAAAAAAAACAACAACAACAUUUAUGUGGUUUUAAGAUGUGACAAGAAAUUUCUAUGUCAGUGUCAUCGAUUAUGUCGACGAAUCAUUGUAGCCCUACAAAUUAACCUCACUGUUUUCAAAAUGCUCCUCCACCUGUUUUCUUUAGCACCACUUAAUUCUCCAGCCUUUGUUGUUCCAUCUUGAAACAUCUCGCUGCAUUAAAGUCAAAACAAGUUUAUAGUUUUCUUAAAAUUGUAGAUUUUUUCAGCAUUUUAUAUGUUUUUUUUUUUCUGUUCUAUUUUGAAUAAAAUAUGGGUUUCUGAGAUUUGCAUUCUGUUUUUAUUUCUAUUUUACACAAAGUCCCAACUGUUUUGGAAUUGGAUUUGUAUAACUGCUAACCCAGCUUUGAGUUGGACUCCUGCUGAAGGACAACAUUAAAUCGUUGAGAACAUGGUUCGAUCCUGGAUUGUAGUCCAGGAAAAGAAUGUAGACUUUGUUUCUCACACAAACAGUUUCCUCUGUGUCUGCUUUAGUGUCCUGAGAUAAAAUCAUGCAGUGAAU